UGGGGAUCAGCCAUCAUCCACUCGACUGACUGCUUCCAACGAACACUGUCUCUUGCAUCUCUUCACAAACGCAAAAACUUUUUUGAAUUCGGGAAAAAAUGGUCUUGUCCGGUCUGUAUCCUGCCUUGAGGCUUUCACGAGAGAAGAAGGAAAUCGAACGGGUGUUCAAGAGGCACGAGGAGAAGAAGGGGGCAAAGAGGACAAAGGCGGGAGCGGGUGAAGCGGGGUCAUCGAGAUGUGAUUUGGCCGCUGGAGCGGACGAGAGGAGGAGUACGGGUGGCGCACAGAUGGGCAUCAGUCCUACAGCUGGAACUAGUCAGGAGACUUUGCCUACCUACCAGAGUGCGCUCGAGGCGCCUCGCGUGCAGCAGUAGACGAGUGAGUGGAAGAGCGAAAUGUUGAUUCAGAAUACGCAACCAUGCAGGCUUCACGCUGAUGUGUGCACGACUUGAUCGCUCUGAGCGCGUUUCAAAUUUGCAUUCUGGUGGGAUUGCGACUCUCUACGGACAGCUUGCUGCGCC